AUGCGUUCUCUGGCCCUUGUCAGCCUUAUUCUCUCCGGAGCGCUCGCGCAGAAGACGCCAGUGAGCACCGCUGUCUUUGAUCAGCUGUCUCGCUAUGCUCGCUUCGCCUCGGCUGCUUACAGCUCAGACUGCACUAAUCCACCUUUUGGCUCAACUGUCGAGAAGACAUUUGACGACACGGCCACUGAUACGCAGGUCACCCUGUUUCGCGAUGACAGCGCACAGGAGUAUAUCCUUUCAUUCAGGGGGACAUCCAGCGUCCAGGACUUUGUGACAGAUUUGGAACAGACUUUGGUGUCUUGCUCCGCAGCAGACGGAAUAUCCUGCCUUGGAUGUACAUGUGCUCAGGGCUACCUUGGCCAAUAUGUGUCUGUCCAAGACGACAUCGUCACCACUUUGACAUCAAGUCUUGCUUCAAAGCCGAGUUACAAGCUCAUUGUGACCGGCCACAGCAUGGGAGGUGCUCUAGCUUCUCUAGGUGCUGCGUCACUUCAGGGGCAGAAUUUCACCCUUACUGCAUACACCUACGGGCAGCCACGCACGGGGAACCAGGAUUAUGCAGACUACGUGGACAAAGUGUUCCCCGGGGGAAACACUAUGAUCCGGGCUACACAUUCGAACGACGGAGUUCCACAGAUCCCGGCCCAGUCGGACGGGUACCGCCACCAUACGACAGAGUACUGGCAGAGCGACGACUCAAAUUCGUCCUCAACGACCUUCCAGUGUACUGGCCAAGAGCCUCAGGACUGUAACCAGAGUGAGAAAGGUUACGGCAUUGGGAAUGGUGGGAUAGGUAUAAACGCUGCUCAUCUGACAUAUUUUGGAAUCAGCAUCGGCAAUCCCCUUUUCCCUAACGCAGCUUGCUGA